ACUUAUGACCAAGGUGGAAAGGGCCUGAGACGGGUUUGAAGCGAGCAUGCAACAAGUUCAAGAAACCUUCCCAAAGCAGGGAUGGAUCCGUUCAUGUUUCUGCGUGUUUGUCACGUAUUCACUUCACUCGGCGCUUUUGUCAGCUUGCACAGGAAAGGCCUCAGCAGAUGUCAAUUCACAGAGAAUAACUGCUUUCUUGGAUGAAACUGUCCUCCUGCCCUGCAGCAUCCCUCCAAGUCAGGACCUCCCCACAGUGGAGUGGUCCAAGGAAGGUGUAUCUCCAAACACGGUCUUUGUCUACCGCGAUGGCUGUGAGACGUUUGAAGAAAAGAAUCCUGACUUCCGGUACAGAACAAGCCUCAUCAUGAACGAGCUGCAGAAUGGAAACCUCUCUCUGAGGGUGUCCAACCUCCAGCUGUCUGAUAAGGGAACUUACUGGUGCAAGAUCGUGCAAGGACAACAACCGGAGGUCCUUGCAAAGCUGGAACUAGACGUGGUUGCAGUGUCCGAGCCGAAGUUGUCGGUGGUCUCAUAUGACCGUGCUGAAAUAACCGUCCAGUGUGAGGUGGAGUGCUGGCUCCCGGAACCUGAAAUAACAUUUCUUGAUGAGCAGCAUAACGAGAUAACCGCUAAGAAACCACAAAGAUGUCUGCACUCAGAACAGUGUCCCUGCAUCACCAGGACAGCGAUCGUGCAGACGGCCACCAACAGAGUGACCUGCAGAGUUCACGAGCGACAGUUUAACAUGACCAAGAUUGCAGACAUUUCUAUUUCAGAUUACAACAAGAGCCCCUGCUUUAUAUCCAAUAUAAUCUAUACUGUGGUGACAAUGAUACUUACAUUCGGAGUGUUUGGAUUGGCGUUCCUUUUAUACAAGAAACUAAACUGCAAUGUGAGGGGUAAACAUUCAUCUCAAAAGACGGAGGAUGAAGUCCAGAAGACAACUGCAGCAUCGGCUGACUCCACAACUACAAAGAAUCUUCCGUCACUGCGUGACUCCAGAUCUUCAGACGAUCAGCCCAAUCAGAACAACUCAAAACCAGCAGCCACAAGCAAUCAGAUCAAUUCAAUUGAGACAGAAGAUCCAAAACAAGCUGCAUCUGAUCAACACCCCGCUGCCGCCAACCCCGAAUUAAAAGAAAGUGGACAGAGCAUUUCCCCUGUUUUGAAAGAUGGUAGAGCAUCGUCAGUCGGCAGCUGUACUUCAGCUUCCACUUCUGAGGACACUAACGUUGCUGGUACCACCAAGAGCCAGGGUUAUCGACACCGUGGCAGGCCUCUAUCAAUUCUGUCUAUAAAGAGCCUCACCGAAGCUUUACCUGAGGAGUCUAAACCUCUCAUUGAUUAA